UAAUUAAAUUACCGUGAUAUGUGGUCAGUCAAAGAGAAAAAAGUCAUAAUUUCAGUUGAAGUUGGUCAGUCUUUAUUCAGUUUCGUUCGUGAUUGCUUUGAUAAAAGAAAAUCGUAAAAAAUGGCACCCAAAGAUGAUCCAGAGACGGCUGCACUUAAAAAAGAACUCAACGAAUUAAUUGCCAAAUUUCAGGAAGAACAAAAGAAAGUCGCUGAUUGUAAGAUCGAUGAUAAAUGUGGUGAUGUGGCCGGAAUUCCAAAAGUACCCUUAUCGACAAAGCGUAUGCUAAAGGGUCAUAUAAAUAAAGUAAAUUCCGUUCAUUAUUCGGACGAUUCAAGACAUUGUGUCUCUGGGUCACUUGAUGGAAAAUUGAUAAUCUGGGAUACAUGGACGGGAAACAAAAUACAGGUAAUUCCGUUGAGAUCGGCUUGGGUUAUGAGUGUGGCGUUUGCUGCGUCUGGAAAUUAUGUUGCUUGUGGUGGAAUGGACAAUAUGUGUACGGUUUAUGAUGUAAAUAAUCGCGAUUCAAGCGGUGCAGCUAAAAUUGUUCGUGAAUUGGCUGGUUAUGAGGGAUUUUUGAGUUCAUGCCGUUUCCUUGACGAUACCCACAUUGUCACUGGUUCUGGUGACAUGAAAAUUUGCGUUUGGGAUUUGGAAGUGGGUAAGAAAACAUCAGAAAUGGACGGUCACAAUGGUGAUGUGGUUUCAAUCUCACUUUCGCCAGAUAAAAAUACAUUUGUCACUGGAUCCGUAGACCGAACUUCAAAAAUUUGGGAUCUUCGAGAAAAUAAACCAAAACAAACAUUUUUUGGUCAUACAGCCGAUGUGAACAGUGUAUUUUAUCAUCCAAGUGGACAAGCAUUUGCUUCGGCUUCGGAAGAUAAGACUGCACGAAUGUUUGACAUAAGAUCGGACCAACAAGUUGCCAACUAUGCUCCACAAAAUCCAAAUAGUGGUUUUACAUCAUGUGCCUUGUCACUUAGUGGCCGCUACUUAUUCUGUGGCGCAGAUGAUAAUAGUGUUUAUGCUUGGGAUACGUUGAAAACAACUCCAGCAGGUUCUCUAAAUGGCCAUGAAAAUCGUGUCACUUCUAUAACGAUUGCUCCAUCUGGAAUUGCUUUGGUUUCAUGCAGCUGGGAUCAAUAUGUUCGUGUUUGGGGUUGAAUGCACUGCACAUUCACUUUAGCUAUUCAGCUUUCGAUUAUUUACCCGAUAAUUUGAUUAGUCAAAUAAUAAACAGCUUUAUCGCUUUACUUUCAAUUUUUUUUAAGUAUUCAUUUUAUCUGCACGAUAGAUUGAAUUAAAAAAAUAUAAUAUUUGUAUCCAAUAUAAUUGAAUUUAAAUACACCAAA